AUUCGUGUCGAAACAGUCGCGCGGCAUAUUCCACACGCUACGUUGUCCGCCUAAUCCGCAUUCAUUAUUUCACAUACAAGUAUGGAAAAUUAAUAUUUUCGGAUGUUUAAUGGGAUAUCAUACCAUACCAAAAAUAUUUUGAUCAUACAAUGAAGUUAUUGUACAUAGAGUGCGGGUAUGCCGCCCGAUGUUCUGGUACAAAUGCUUGACUUUCGCUCUAUAUAUACAUCACCAUCAGAGUGGUAUAACAUGUUAUUUUCUAGAAAACAGGUGAUUUCAAUAUACCUGGCCUCAAUAGUAAUAGCUCUGAGAAGGCUCAGGCCCUGCUUGAUUUCUCAACUCUCUACAAUUUACAGCAGUUUAAUGAAAUUUUAAAUUUUAGAAGAAACAGUUCUAGUUGGGAGGAUGUAAAGUGUAAAACUGUGUAUGCUCUACAGAAACUCAUUAUUCUACAGACAUAUAUUAUUAAAAUUAUUUUUAAGAAAGAUAAAACAUUCCCCACUAAUAAACUUUUUACAAAGGAUGUGUGUAAUAUUAGAAUCUUGUACGUGAUGACAAUAUCUACUUUUAUUUAUAGAAAUGAAAAAUUAUAGAAACAAGUAAGUCAUAACUACUGUACUCGUGCAAAUGUGGGCAGGCAAAUAGAAAUUAGAAAGAAUAACAAUAUCCUAAAC